AUGUCCAGUCAAGCAUCUCCAGAUCUUCCCCCAACCGAGGAAAGCACAGACGGCGGUCCCCCGCCAGGCUCAGCAGAGUUCCUCGCAUCCCGACUCAUCGAAAGCCGUGACUUCAGCUGCGCACACAUCCCAAAGCUAGUACCAGGAAUUUCAAGCAAGGUUCCCCCUCGACUAGGCUUCUUCCACUGUACCGACGAUGAUCUUUCAUACAUCGACACGAACAAAUUAUGCCUCGACUGCUACAACGCCGCCGUUCCACAAGGCUUUCUCUGCUGGUCGGCGUUCUAUGCAAAGAAGGAGAGAAACGUGUUCACUCCGGACGAGGAAUACAAGUCAGGCGAACCAACCCGCGGUAGUGGAGAGUUCUUUCCACGCCAACUUCAGGCAGGCAGAGAGGCAUUUUUCAGAAAGGUGGAACCGAGGCCGAGGGCAGGCACAAAGGCGGCUCAGAUAUUAGGUGAUUUGGAUUUCGAUCCCAGAUCAUCCGCGUAUGAUAAGUGGGUUCCAUCUCUGCCACCAAAUGAAGACACGAGAGCAGUUUGGAGGUUCUUCCAGUAUGCCAGGAAGCCGUUUUAUAUCGACAUUGUGCAUAUUUCGCCCCCGUGGAGAGGUGAUCUAGAAGGGGAGGCUCAGGAUGCGGAGGACGCCCGUGUAGGGACGGCCAAUGCAGCUGCUUACUUAGGGGCUGCUCAUGUUGUUCAAGCAGUGGCUGAUGGGGGAUACGGGCCGUAUAGUGUUGUGGAGCAGCGCUUAGGUGUAUAUGGCACAUAUCGGCUUCUCAGUUUGGGGCCAUGGACUCCUGAUCCAGCUGCAGAGACUUUGGAUCUUGAGGAAAUGGAAGAUGAGGAGAAAAACACAGAGCCCUUUGAUAAAACGCGAUCUGUAGAAGUGCACCCCGCGUACUAUCCAUACCAGGGAGUAAAUGCAUAUAAAAAAAGCCAGUUUAUGUCAUUUCCCAGUCAGGAAAGAUGUGAUGAGGUCAAUGAAGAAGCCAUUGGAAAGGUCUUACCUCCUACGGUGGACGAGCAGCUAAGACGCGAGUAUGAAAAAGAAUUACCAGAAAUCCCCUCAAUCCUGCUGCCUCCGGGGUACCAAAGUUCGGACCCUCCGGAGGAUAUCCAAUCCGAUUCCCCACUACCAAGGAUGUCAGAUGUUCAACCCGUCAGAUGGACUGAUGCCGAAAGGGUGGCUUAUGAGAAAAGACAGGGCCUCGAAGGUGUCGAGGUUGGAAGCGCGUACCCUGUUGAAUCAGUCGCGGGUUUUGGCAUGAAAAGGCCGAGAUUCAUGUUGAAGCCGAUGUACAAACAGAAUUCACAUGGAAUUAGGAGCGAUGGCAGCCUUUCUGCGGACCCUAAUGACUAUACCGGCAAUGGGGUGAAUCGUCUUCCCCUCGAGUGCAGAAUGGGUAGUUGUGAAGACUGCCCUGAUCGAGAGGGAUACGCGGAGCUUAACAAAACACUCAAAGAGUUGGGUAUAAAGCAGUUUCGUGAUCAUGGGAAAUCUACCUUCGUCAAAAGACCGCAACAACCACUCGAUCGGGAGCUAUGGAGACCAUACCUCACACAAGAAGACCCCAAUCCAGCUCCCGCAAAUGCCCUCUCCGACGAAGAUAGCGAUCUUAUCUUGCAAGCACUAUCACCUCCAAGACGCCCUGUUCAAACGGGGAUAUUCCAAUAUCCAAGAUCUUGGUACUUGGCGAAUGGAGUUAAACCACCCGACACCGAGACAGAUGAGCUCAUAUAUGGUACGGAUCACGAUGAGAGGCAAGAGCAACAAAAUCAGCAGAUACCGGGCCCUUUCAAUGAUGAAGACACGGAUAGCGACAAUAGUGACGGCGAGGACAAUGAUAUCGGUGACAACAACAAUGGACAUAACGGUAAUGAAGAGAGUGAGAGUGAGGAUAGCGAUGGAAAGGAGGAUGGGGAGAGCAGUGACGAUGAGAACGAAUAA